UUUUAAUGCAGAAGAAAAAGGGUAAAAAGGAAGGAAAAGUGGAUGAUACGGAUUUUGUUCCUAAAAAUCAGGUUAUUUUUAGUAUAGAUUUUGAGAUUUAUCAUGAGAAGGGGCAUUUUUUGAAACUGAAAUAUACGUGGCUGAACCCGGCAACGUUGGGGACAGAGAGUCAUGAGAGUGAUUAUGUGAAGGAUUGGCAGGUUUUGAGGCGUGAUGGCGAGCAGAGGGUAGAUGAGACUGAUGAGAAGAAGGAUGAGAAGAAAUAAGCAAACGAAGGAUAUUAAGAAAGGAGGCAUGGACCAAAUUGAUGACCCUACCCCCACCGUUGUGUGAUUUAGGAAGGAUUUUGAGGGGGCUCCCAUGAGAUUUAGUGAAGAAACUGCGAAUAAAUGGAGCGAGUUUGUUUUUAAGGUUGAUAUUUUUGAAUAUAAUCAUAAGACUAGCAAAGAUGAGCUGAAAGAGAGCCUGGCUAUUGAUCUUAGCUUCUUUCUCUUCCCUGAGGAGAAGAUUGACGAAGAAUGGAAUUUCGAUCAGCUUAAAAUUUAUUCAUUAAAUUACUUGAAACUUCGAAUCACCAGUGAUCAUGCUUUGCUUUCAGAAUUCUUGAGGAAGAAGCUAAAUCCUCUACAGAUAUAUAUACUAGCAGCAAAAGAUAUUCCAGAUAAAGCUGAGGGUAAAUAUCUCCCUGUAUACACUGUUUGCAACUUUGUUGAUGGACAAUCAUUCAGAACUGUUGGACUCCCUCAAGGAAAUUUAUGCAGGUGGAGUCACAAGCAUGUCUUAUUAGUUGGAGAGAAAGACCCAGCUGAAUUUUCAGAGCAAUUGCUAUCUAAAACCCUUGAUCUCGAACUCCAUGACUGUGAUGAACAGAUUAGCGAGGAAGAUAAGGAUGAUCCUCCUAAUUUUUCAUAUGGGUUGGCGAAAUUUCACUUAAAUGACCUUCUUAAUCAUUAUUGAUCGAAUAUGAAACUCAGGUCUGAUGUUUUUCCUGUUAAGAGAGAACUUAUGAACACUGAGAAUAAUCUCAACUUGAACACAUAUGCCAGAAAAGAAGAGAGAGCAAUUGAAAAAUCCUCUCCUUACCUUGUGAAUGCUACAUUCUAUGUAAUUUCAGUCGAUAUGGCUUAUAAUAUUGGAGAAUUUGACGAAGAGGAAGAAUUACUGAAGCUCAAGUCUAAGGAUGACCAAAACCAAAUUCCUGAUGAAAUCCAAGCUAAACAACCCAAUGAUAUCGAGGAAUCAGAAGACGAGGAUAAUCCUUUAGAUGGUUCCAUCGUUGAGAAGAUCGAGGAUGAAAAUGCUGCUAUUUAUGAAAGGGCUGUCUACAUUCUUCCAUAUGAAAAGACUUCGGAACUUCUGAGUAAAAUUCUUAAUUCAAUCGAAACAAUCAAUCUGAAACUUCUUGGAUUUGAAAACUCAAAACAGCUCAACACGAAGGAAUUCUCAGAUGAAGAGCGUCAGAACAGGAAGCUAGACUUCAUCGGAGGAUUUGAAGUUAUGGACGAGGAGUUUAGGAUGAUCGUCAUCGAAGGUCUUGGAGGCAAAGGCCACAGUAUGAACAAAUUUUAUAAAAUGAACCAACGUACUCAACCAAACCAGAAAAGGCUAAAACUUUUAUAUAACCCUGAAGUAAGAUUUAAGUAUAGAAAUUAUUGGGACUUUGGAGCUACUCUUAAGCGGAUAAAGUUCAGGGAAACCCUCACUACCACCAUGAGUAGUCCAAGUGUAUUUCUUCGAUCUAAAGUUCCGAAGGAGAUUUAUGAAACUUUGCAACAGCUGGCUGAAAUGAGAAAGUACAACAGAAUCAGAUUCAUAAAAGAUUAUAAUCUGUUCCCAGAUCCAGAUCUUCUUCUCUCGGUAGGAAGGAAAUAUGGUGAUGCUCUUUCACACAAAGAUCUGUAUGGAGUAGCUCAAAAGCCUAAAAGAAAGAGGAAGCAGCAUGAAGAACCUGAAGUACAAGUGGUCCUAACUCAGCAGCAAGAGGAUACUUUGAAGAAUAAGACUCAUAAGUCUAAUCAGAAGAUUGCUAUUUCUACUUCCACCAGCGUGCAACAGAGAAGGAGGACAGCCAAUACCACAACUCUUAGGAAAACAAAGAAAAAUGAUCUUGGAUAUAUACCUAAUAAGCCUUACACUCCAAAGUUAAGAAUGGAGGUUCCUGAAGGUACAGAAGUAUACAUGUACUCUGGUCAAAGACUUAAUAUUCGUGAAAAGGAGAAGGAAGAGUUAAGGAAGAAGCUAGCUCAGGAUACUAAAAGUUUCUAUACCUAUUCUGCUGACCAUCUAUCUCUUUCAUUUCCUGUUAUCAACGAAAGUGAAGUUGCAGUUCAGGAGAAGACUAUGAAUCAAAAGAGAUGGAAAACAAAGCAUGGAUUUCAAAAUGUGACUAAAUAAGACAAGACAAGAUUAUACUAUGCAUCCCAAGAAGCCUCCACAAGAUGUUCUCGAUGACCUCAAGGAUCCCUUCCAUGAGCAAAAGGCUCGGAAAGAGGCUGCCAUUAAGUCACUACAGAGGGACUUAAUUGCAAACCCAAACAAGUCUGGAUUUAACCUGAAUAUUAAGAAUGUGGAUACCUUUAGCAGCAAGGAUUACUUUAACACAGUCUUCCUUGGAGGAGAUGAUGUAAUUGCAGAAAUGGAGCAAUCUAAGAAAGCAGAGAAUGAGAAAUGGAAAUCUAAACUUGUAGUUGACAAUCCUCAUUUCAACGUAAAUACUCGUCCUAAGAAAAGGAUCCAACAGAUUGAGAAAAAGGGAGGAAUUCUGGAGGACCCACCUAAAAAGAUCGGUGUUCGAGGUCCUCUACACAAUCGUUUCCAAAGACUUGCUUCCAGGAACAUAGUCCCAUGCUCUUAUACCUCUGCGUUCAUGACUGAGAAGUAUUCUGACCCUAAAGACCCAUUCUCUAAUCUAAAGCCGGAUGAUCCUUCCAAGAUGCAAACUCCGAAUGGUUUUAACACUAAUAUCAGGAAUGACACACUUACAGGGUACAUUCCUAAGUUUCGAAAGCUUCAUUAAACUUGAAAUUAAUUAUUUUUGAAAGUCUGAUAAAUUUCAGGAACUAAUAAAAAUCAGGAUCUAAUCGAAGGAUACCUCUGAAGGAAUUCCUCUCCUCGGUAGUUAUUCAAAGAUAAGUUCCAAAAGAUUCAUCUAACC